GUGACUAUCAGCCCUGCUGCUCUGAGGAUGGUUUAUGAAAAACUCAUCCCCAAAACUGAUUACAGGUUCACAACCUCGUUUCCUUUAGCUAUGUUAGCGUGAAGGAUGCACCACGAGGACCGGACUGUCGCUUCUUUGAGUCGGACCGCUUUGAACGGAGGGCUAUUGUUUCGCAGUUGAAAUAUUGUGCUGAAUAUGCUGCGAUCAGACUGAUGCAUCAUGGAUCCCGAGGAGUUAGAACUGCAGAAUGACUACCGUUACCGUAACUAUGCGUCGGUCAUUGAGAAGGCGCUGCGAAACUUUGAGUCCUCAAGUGAGUGGGCAGAUCUCAUAUCCUCCCUGGGCAAGCUCAAUAAGGCAUUGCAGAGUAACCUUCGCUACUCCCUCCUGCCUAAAAGGCUGAUAAUAGGGAAGCGUCUCGCCCAGUGCCUGCACCCAGCACUGCCAAGCGGAGUACACCUCAAGGCUCUGGAGACCUAUGAGAUCAUUUUUAAAAUCAUUGGAACAAAAUGGCUGGCCAAGGAUCUGUUCAUUUACAGCUCAGGAUUGUUCCCGCUGUUGGGCCAUGCAGCCAUGGCAGUGAAGCCUAUGCUGCUGACACUGUAUGAGCGUUACUAUCUCCCGCUGCAGAGGGCUUUGCUGCCCAGUCUGCAGGCCUUCAUAACAGGAUUACUGCCAGGUCUGGAGGAGGGACUGGAAGUGUACGACAGGACUGAUGCGUUGCUGCUCAAGUUGUCCCUGUUGGUGGGUCAGCAGGUGUUCUAUGGUGCGCUGUGGGGUAGUAUGCUGGUCACCCCCAUGGUGCGACUGCCCGCUUCGGUCUUUAUUGUCACUCAUUUUGACUGCAUGGCUUCUGUGCGCCAGCAAUCAUACAUGCUGGGCUACGACCACAGACAGGUGAUAAAGUCAGUGUGUCUGUCUCUGCAAGAUACAAACGUCCUGGUGCAAAGGAACAUGCUGGAAAUCCUGCUCUUCUUUUUCCCCUUUGCUAUAUGCAUGGACCCAGAGCAGGCCGGUAUCUCUAUGACUGGUAAAGAUAUGGUGACCGUGGUGUCCGCAGCCUCACUAACUCUACUCCGCAGAGACAUGUCCCUCAACAGACGCCUUUACGCCUGGCUCCUAGGGACUGAUAAAAAAGGAUUCAUGGUGGCACCACACCCCACCCUCUCCACGACUAUGGAGGAACACACGUCGUUCUACUUCAACACCUACUCCAAAGAUUUCCUUGUGCAGGCUCUAAUUAACAUCCUCAAACAAAAGGAUAUGGAGAGCGACCCAGAGAAUGUGACUGGGCACCUCAGGCCCUUUCGCAUCAUCAUAAGUCUGCUUGAUAAACCGGAGAUAGGUCCAGUGGUCUUGAGCAGUGUGUUGCUCGAGGUGGUUCGAGCCUUCCACCGCUACUGUCAUGAGAUGGUGGGGAAGGAAACCAGCUCAGGGCUCUCAGGCAACCAGCUGGCCAGCAAGAUAAAGGAGAAUAAGAAUGCAUCGGAAAUCAUAAAGACGGUGAAUAUGCUCGUGAGCUCCAUGAACAGUGAAUACCUGUGGGAGUAUAUGACCCGGCGCUUCUGCACUUCUCUCAGUAACAAAGAUGACCCACCUAUGCCUCCUCAGCAGGAUCUCAAUCACCCACCUCCGUCUGUCACAGAAAUGUCCAAUCUCAUCAUUUUCCUGCUCGAUGUUCUUCCUCUGGAGCUUCAUGCUGACAUCCAGUCCCAGUUCCUUCCUGAGAUGCUUGGCACCAUGCUGCGGACGCUGCACGGCCAAAUGGAGUUUGUAAGCCUGGAGGAUGUCACACAGAGUCUACGCGCCUGCUUCAAGGUCCUGAGUAAGAUCCAGAUGCCUGUGGCUUAUAUGGACGGAGAGGCGGAGGCACAGACAGACGAGAUGGAGUUACUGUCACCUGAGGAAGAGAGCAAAAAGACUCAGGAUAUAGAGGGGGAUAAAGAUGGCAGUGUUGGUCAGGUUAAUGGUCACCUUGGAGAUGAAGAGCCAAACAGAGAUGGAGGAGACGAGGCAGAGCCUGCAGAUGGUGUUUACCCAACGCUCAGGUCUGAAGACAGCGGAUUGGGCAUCAGCGCCUCACCAUCAGAGCAGCAGCUCCCACCAGGGAUGGGGAUGGGUGAGGAGGGAGACGGAGUUUGCAAUGAAGGUGAAGGUGUGUGGAGGAGGGGUGGCACUGUAGACACCAUGACCCAGUGUCUGCAGGACAUAUUGGCCUUCAUAGCUACAAGAUACCUGCUGGUGCAGGUGGAGGAUGUCGGGGGACCAGAGGAAGAACCCCGGCCUGUCCUAACUGCUGUUCCUGUGGAUCAGAAGACAUUGUUGCCUGGCAUAGGUGGACGUGAAAUUAAAGACAAACUGUCUGAACUGUUCACUCCACACAAGCUUAAAGCUGAGCCAACACCUGACACCCCGCCCUUAGCAGCCCCAGUGGAGAAGAAAAAGGAGCGUGGGCAUGUAGGGGGUCUGGACUGGGCUGCUGGCUAUAUGCCCCGCAGCAAGGCUGAGAUCUCCGAGGCCUGUCGACAGGCCUUCACCGCCACUUGCCACCUGCUGCUAGAAUGCACCACCUUCCCUGUCUACCUGAGCGAAGAGGAGACUCUGGUUCUCCACACAGAAAUGUUUGACACCACAGGUGGUGAUGUCGACAGCCUGCCAGCAUGGUUGAGGUCCUUGAUGACGCUGUGCUGCCUGUCCAGGGACUACAACAUCCAGCACACUGCAGUGGCGUCCCUGUUGGAACUCAUCAACCACUCCCAGUCCUUAGCACUGGUCAUCCAGGACAAGCAUAGACGCUACCAGACGUCUGACUCCAACCCUCUGAGUGGGCGGCUGCAGAUGGUCACUUUGCCGCCCAUCUCCCCUGCUUUGCUCUGUGCCAUAGAAGAGAACACAGAUUUCUAUCAGAGGGUGUCCCAGGUACUGUGGAACCAGCUGGACACAGAGCGCAGAGAGCAGCAUAUUUCCUGUGUGGAACUCUUUUACAGGCUUCACUGUUUGGCUCCAUCAGCGUCCAUCUGUGAAGACAUCAUCUGCCAGGCGCUUUUGCACAAAGACAAGUCUGUUAGGCUGGAAGCACUGCACCGCUUUUCAGUCCUGUGGCACCUGACCCGGGAGAUCCAGAACACCAGGACCAUGUCUCUCAACCGCUCCUUUGACCGGUCUCUGUGUGUUGUGGUGGACACUCUGAGCUGCACUGAUGGCUCAAUAAGUGCAGCAGCUCAGUGCUGGCUGGUCAGGGCUCUUUCUCUCGGUGACGUGAUUCGGAUCCUGGAGCCUGUUCUGUUGUUGCUGCUUCACCCCUCCACUCAGCGCUGCUCCAUUCAGAGCAUCAAACAAAAUCUCACCGCUGGCAACCUGAAAGGUCUGAGCAACCGAAGUCGAAGCUCCACCAAAACUUCUGGGACAUCUGCGAAUGCCAUGGCAACAGAGGUCACCACCUUAAAUCUCAUGAACGUUGUUGACCGGGAAUCCCUGUGGGCAGAGUUAGACAGUGUCCCAGAGUCGGGGAAACUACCGGACCCUUUAGUGGUAUCUAGGAGUGAGAGUGAAGAGACAGUCGAGGAGGAGCAAAGAGAGGAGGAAGAGGAUGAAGCAGAGAGUGAACACACUGAGUCAGCUGACACUAGCGGUGCUCAGGUUUCCACUGAGAACUCCAGCUCCGGCUCUGUCCCCUCCAACAGCGUCGACGAAGGAGGCAUGGUCAAUGGUCUGCGGAGGACAGAGUCUGAGCACACACAGGCGUCUGAUUCACUGUCAAGUGAGGAUGAGGAGGAUCUGGAGCUGGAGGCCAUGGCCAGGUCUCGCCUUUUAAAACAGGAGCGUGAGAAGAGAGAGGCCAUCGACUCUCUGUUUCGCCACGUGCUUCUGCAUCCUGUGGCGGGAGGCUGGCGCCAUCUGCUCCAAGGCUUGGCACUGCUAGACAGCCUGCUCAGGAGCAGCGCUGAGUGCCCUCUGGUGGACGCUCUCUCCUACACCUCUCUGGACACAAGCUCUGCUGCACAUUUAAAUCUCGUCUCCAACCUUCUGCAGCGCCACCAACAGGCUCAGGAUGGUCACGGCUUCUAUGGCUGCUUGCUUUCCCCGUCCUCCACCCCCUCUGUGCCGCCAUCCCUGCUCAUUGAACUGCUGGUGUCUUUGUGCCUGCGAUUCCUGCGCUCCCAUUACCCCUCCUAUCUGAGCCUGGGUCCUCUUGACCUACAGGGAAACAGGGAGGUGCAGGUGAAGAGUGUGGAGGUGCUGACCCGGAUGGUGAACCAGCUUGGCUGCAAGGUACGGGGACAAGAGAGCAAUGGGGCCAGUCUGGAGCCCAUCCGCAGACUCCUUUCAGAAUGUAAAGUGCAGCAGUACGCCCUGCUAACACUUUCUGCAUCCAUGUAUGUGAGCCAGAGGGGGACAGAUAAAGGGUCACCCAAGGGUCUGGAGCUGCUGGAUGAGCAGGGAGGCCUGUCAGAGGAAAGUCUGGUGAAUCUUGGAGCAGGAAGCGGACAGGAGCAGUACCCCUUACAAAUGGAAUUACUGAAACUCCUCCAGGCUCUCAUAAUCCUGGAGUACCAUGUGUGGCCCGGGGGGAUAGUCUCAACAGCUGGGUCAGGUGGAGCAUCUGCCCAACCCAUGGAGCCUCGGGAAUCACCAACAGCUACUACCCCGCUUGCUCGAGAGUGGCAAACUGCAGUCCUUUUUCAGCAGUCCAUCAAGGCAGCGCAGUAUGUCCAAAGUCACCCCAUCACAGCCCAAGGGAUGUUUGUUUCUGCUGCAGCCAGGGCUCUGCAGCCACAGUACGGCUAUGGCAUGCACCCCCACUGGGUGUCACUGCUGUGCACCUGUCUGCCAUAUUUGGGUCGCUCAUUAGGCAUCAUUGUGACUCCGCUCAUUGGCCAGAUCUGCAGGAACUUGGACGAGCUGGUCAAGCUCUGCGAGCAUGAUGGAGGAAAGACAAAUCAGAGCCUGAGUGGUAGGAGGGAAAACAUUGCGCCUGAUUACCCUCUGACUCUGCUAGAAGGCCUGACCACCAUCACACACUAUUGUCUGCUGGACAAUAAGAGGUCCUUUGUUGCUUGUGAUCCUGUGGAUGUCCGUAACGCACGCAGCGCUGUGAUCGAGGCACUCCCGCACAUGCUCAGUAGCAUGACAUUGUUAUGGAGGGUGGUCAUGAGAGAAGAAUACCAGAGACGUGUAUCUGACACAGCACAGAGCAGCAGACACACCUCUACCUCUGUGUACUUCAAAAGCACAAAGAUUUUACGGCAGCGGAUACUGGAGUUUCUGGUCCCACUAACUGGGCAAUAUGGGAUUCAGCUCAUGGCUUCACUGGGAGCAGUGUGGAGCAGCAGAAAGAGUAAAAGGAGACAUAAAAACCAAGUUUUACCUGUAGCCAGUGAGUCUCGUCUCACCAUCGUGGCUCUGGUGAAGUCGCUGCACACCUUGCACACAGAUACCAUCCUACAGCUGGUCAAGGAGGUGGUGAAAAAACCACAUCAGAUCAAAGGAGAACAGAAGUCAACUCUGGUAGAUAUCCCCAUGUUACAGUUCAGCUACGCCUAUAUACAGAGCAUUUCAGCUCAGACUCUGCAGGAAAAUGUGGCUCCUCUCCUCAGUUUGUUACGGGAGUCUGUUCAGCUCAACCUGGCUCCACCUGGACACUUUUUGUUGCUGGGAAUACUCAACGACUUUGUCAACAGGCUCCCCAACCUGGACAAUAAGAAGGACACUAGAGAUCUGCAGGAGGUGACUCAGCGGAUCUUGGAGGCAGUGGGUGGGAUCGCGGGGUCCUCUCUUGAGCAAACCAGUUGGCUCAGCCGCAGCCUGGAGGUCAAAGUUCAGCCACAGGUGUGCGCUGAAGCAGAGGAACCUGAUGACGCAGACGUGGACGGUGACCAUUAUGAGUCAGUGGCUCAAGCCAGCACCAUGGUUUCGUCUUCAGCUCCCUCAGUUUACAGCGUGCAAGCUCUUGUACUCCUGGCUGAGGUCUUGGCACCUCUUCUGGACAUGGUUUACCGCAGUGAUGAGAAGGAGAAAGCCGUUCCUCUCAUUUCUCGGCUCAUGUACUAUGUUUUCCCCUACCUGAAGAACCACAGUGCCUACAACAUGCCCAGCUUUGAGGCAGGUGCUCAGCUGCUGAGCAGUCUAAGUGGGUAUGCCUAUACCAAAAGGGCCUGGAGAAAAGAGGUCUUUGAGCUCUUUAUGGACCCUCUCUUCUUCACCAUGGAUGCCUCCUGUGCUCACAGUUGGAAAUCCAUUAUCGACCACCUGCUGACUCACGAGAAGACCAUGUUUAAAGACAUCAUGAGCAUGCAGAGUGGCUCCCUGAAACUGUUUACCAACGUAGACCAAAAACCCAUGCUGCUGAAGCGCCAGGCAUUCGCCAUGUUCAGCGGAGAACUCGACCAGUAUCAUCUGUAUCUGCCCCUCAUCCAAGAGCGUCUCACUGAGGCUUUGCGGAUGAACCCUAGCCCUGGUGUUUUAGCCCAAAUGUUCCUGAUGUUUCGUGUUCUCCUGUUGCGGAUUUCGUCCCAGCACCUCACAUCUCUUUGGCCAAUUAUGGUCACAGAACUGAUUCGCAUAUUUGCACGUCUAGAGAAAGCUCUGCAGGCAGAUAAAGACGUCUCAAAGCUGGCUAAAGUGGUGCGGGGAGCCCUUGAGAAAAAUGGACCAGUGAAUUUCUCUCAGGCAGAGUUGGACAUGUACCUGUCAGCCUGCAAGUUUCUGGACACCUCCCUGGCGUUUCCACCAGAGAGGAUACCACUCUUUCAGAUGUAUCGUUGGGCGUUUGUCCCGGAGGUUGAUGUGAGCCGCUACAAUGGCCCAGAGACCGCGCUGAUAGAAGGCGAGCAGGACUGCAUACCGCAUGUUGUCAGAGUACUGGAAGGGAUUCAGCUGCGAUACGGGGCACUGAAUGGGCUGAGUGAGGAAUCCUCCACAGAGCAUUUGGAGUUCCCCCUCCUCACUCAGCGCUCUCUGUCCUCCAUCACCCAGCUGCUGCCUUUCCUUCGUACCCUUUGCUGCUCCUUCCAGAGCCCUCCCCCCUACAGCCAGCCCAUGCCCCACUUCCCAGUAGCCGACUACCCAGCAGCCAGCGCGGACUCAGUUCUUAAGAAGCUGGAGUGCAUCACAGAAGAAGAGUUCCUGGACUCCAUGGAGGGUUAGAGCUCAAGCAUGAAGCGUUCAUGAACGAAGUCCUCUUUAAGCCCUUUGACCUGCAGCCAUACCAGUGGAAUACCUAAAACAGGUACAAGUGGUGAUAAUGUUAUAUUUGGAAAUGGGAAAAAAAAGGAAAUGGAAUUCUGUUUUUUUAAAUGUUUUAACUUGUCUGAGCUCCACAUGAAUACAUGUACCUCUGAGGUUCUCUCACAGUGAAUCUGUACUGAAAAAGCAGAGGGACUUUGUUGUAGCUGUGGGUAUAUGUAGCUUUAUGAUUAUCUGAAGAAAAAAACAUGGUGGAAGUGUGAAUCACGAUAUACUGCAGAAUGCUUCUUUCUCUCUCAAGGACGAGAAUCAUCUCAGCUGCAAAAUAUGAACACAUUGAGAUUGUGUCAGUGUCUGAUCUCUCUAAUUUACAUGGUUUUAGACUAAAAAAUGUCACCACAAAAAGAAGUUAUGUAAACCAGCUUCAAAUUACAGCCUAUUGUUUUUAUUAGGCGUGCACCUUAUAAUAACAAUAAUUCUGGUAAUAUUUUUUAGUUUGACACCAAAAAACAGAUUCGCUGUGAAGAACCUUAUCAAGUAUUGUUAAUAUGUUCUUUUGACUUUUUCAUAACCUCUGGUUAACCACACGUUCUGGUGCGUGCUUACAUCUGUCUGACUCUGUGAAUGUAAAGACUCCAGUAUAUGGAUGCUGUUGGUACUCUUCUCUUUUGUUGUUAUCGAAAACAUCAUUAUGGGACCUCACAAACUUUUGGACUCAUGUUAAGAGUUGUCUGAGUAAGUUACUGAAUGUGAUUAUGUGUACACCAGGUAAACCCUUUGAAAUGUUAUUGGGUGUACCCCGCUAAAAUAUGUGCUUGCCAUUUUUUGGUGUUGAAGGGAAAUCCGCCUUUCUUUGUAGUUGUUCGUUGAUAGUUUUUACAAAUGCCUGUUGUCUUGUUUUUCCACAAUGCUGAAUGCUUAUGUAAUUUAUUUUGGAUGUUCAAAGGACCAUGUCAAGUUCUGAAUUAACAGAAGGAAGACUCAUUGAAUUAAAUAUUAAGUUUAAACUGUG